GAGGGCAGGCACUCAGUGUCAGAGGGGACGGAGGAGAUGGCGGAGCCGGGCGCGGGCCGGAGCGGCGCUGGGGCGGCGGCGAUGGCGGAGGGCGACAGCCAGAGGAACGACAGCGUGGCCGGAGGAGAGGCCGCCGCUGCGUCGCCGCCGCCGCCGCGCUCCCCUCCGGCGGCCGCUGCGGGGGAGGGCGGCGGGGCGAAGCCGCUGAGCGCGGCGGAGUACGCGCGGCGAGUGCACCAGUGGCUCUGGGACUCGUACUGCGGGUACCUCAGCUGGCAGGGCUGCCUGCCCGCCCUCCUCGCCGCCGCCGCCUCCGCCGCGCCCGCCUGCGCCGCCGGCCCCCCUCGCGUCGCCGCCGCCCCGCCGCCCCCUCCCUCCGCGCCGCCGCCGGGGGCGGCCGCCGCCGCCUACUACAGCCCCUUCUACCUCUUCGCUCCGGCGCCAGCCCACACGGCCACCGCCGGGCCGGGCCCCCGCGCCGCGGCCCCCGCCUCCGCCGCCCCCGCUUGGCCGGGAGCGGCGGGCAGGUUGGCCCCGCUGCCCAGAGCGGCCUCCGGCAGCGCUGCCGGCACCAGCGGCGCCCCCAGGGAGACGGGGCGUCCGGCAGGUCGGGAGUUCAUUAUCCCUUCGCUGGCACACAGGUUCAUAGCAGAGAUGGUGGAUUUUUUUAUUCUGUUCUUUAUAAAGGCAACCAUUGUUUUAAGUAUUAUGCACCUCAGUGGAAUAAAGGACAUCUCUAAAUUUGCUAUGCAUUACAUCAUAGAAGAAAUAGAUGAAGAUACGUCCAUGGAAGAUUUGCAGAAAAUGAUGAUAGUAGCUCUCAUCUACAGGUUAUUAGUCUGCUUCUAUGAGAUUAUCUGUAUUUGGGGAGCGGGUGGAGCAACCCCAGGGAAAUUCUUGCUUGGACUGCGAGUUGUGACAUGUGAUACAUCUGUACUUAUUGCGCCCAGCCGUGUGUUAGUUAUCCCAUCUUCUAAUGUCAGUAUGACAACGUCUACAAUACGAGCUUUGAUCAAGAAUUUUUCUAUUGCUUCAUUUUUUCCUGCAUUCAUUACACUGCUGUUUUUCCAGCAUAACAGAACAGCCUAUGAUAUUGUAGCAGGGACUAUUGUGGUAAGACGAAAUGGAGUCAGAUGAUACCAAAAGAUGAGAUUUCCAGACUGGUUUUGAACAUCCCCUCCCACCCCCAGUGAACGAAUACCUACCCCAAAACUGAAAUCGAGGUAUCUAUCAGAAUCUUUUGCCCAAGUUAAAUGGGAACUGAUUCAGAAACUAAAGAAAAUGUUUUGCUCCAGUAUGGUGCCAGCAGCUACCUUCAAAGUAUUGGGAGUUUUCAUAAAUGCCAAAGAAGUUUGGGAGAAACAAUCCCUAUUAAAUCUGGAAGUAUUAACCUCUGAUUGAUGAGGAAGAAAGUGGCUGUAUUAACUGCGGAAGGGAGCUGUUCUGUUCGUCAGUCUGUGGAAAGCAAAUACCUAGAAAUACUCCACCUUAAAAGACAUGUCACUCCUGCAGUUUUGGAUGUUGGCAGGUAACGAGAAAAUCAAGUUGUUUUCCAAGCAGUUGCCUAAGUUGUAUGAUGAACUCUGAGGGGAAGAGAACUGCAGUAUUAGAGAGUAAGGCAAAUCAUGUUAAUUAAAUUAAUUGCCAUGUGUGUAGAAAGAGAGAUGAGCAGUGUUUAUCACAGCCCUUAUCUGCUUCACAGAUUAUAUUCCCUCACCUCUUUAAGUAUAUUAGAACAUUGAUGUGAAAAGUUUUUUGCAUGAUUGUCUCAAGCAUUGUCAUUUAUUUCACAUGUCAAAGCUAAUAAAGAGGUGAAAUAAUAGCUGCUUUUUCUCUGGGAAGGUUAUGUUACACUGCAGUGUUAGUGAAUCGGCAUGUGUAAAUAAUUUUGGAGCUAUGAACAGUACAGAUCAUGCUAAUGAAAGGUAACUUUUUUGCUUCUGUUUGGAGUGAAAGCACUUGGCCUAUUUCUUGCAUAUAAUACCAAGCAAAGCAACUGAAUGUGUUUCAGGAGCAUGCAGAAAACAUUAACUGAAAUGUGUUAUGGGUGUAAAUCUACAAAUACUGGUUAUUUUCACUUUAUAGUUCUGGCUAAUUGUUUGUAUAUUCAGAAUAACUUAAAUACUGAAUAAAGAUGCCUAAUAUUUUGCAUGAUUACAUAGCUUUGAUAAUGUUUAUUCUCAUGUUAUUAGUAUCUUGGGAAAGGAAUAUAAGCAACACUGUUAAUGUUUUAUUAAAAUUUGAGUAAGAGUUUGGAAUUCUUCUAGAGCCCGGUUUUUGUGUGUUCCUCCCUUAGGUGUAAGUUGCCACUCAGUGCCUGAAGUUCUUGCCCUACCUUCAGUUUUGAACAAUGGUUUGGUUGACAAUAGAAAUAAAUGAGCUUGGUUCUCUC